GUCGAGCAGUGGAAAUUGACUUUCUCUUUCUUACGGAUACGAGAAGGAGAAAGUUAAUCAAUCUUGCGUCAUUCAAUACAACGACGAGUAGAGUACUAUGAGUCGUCUCUAUGAAGACAGUAGAAUAAAGUUGUCAGUAGUUGAGCUUCAUAGGCAAACGCUGGAAUUCGUGGCGGUGCCACGCCCUCGGUGGUUCCGCGUGAGCCGCUGAUGUGUGGCCCAGGUAUCAAAAACUCAUUAAGAGUUGUAACGCCGCAUGUGCACGACUGUAGUCAUGAUGGCUAGAACAAGUACGGCGGUUUGCCUGCUGCUUGCUGCAGGUGGUGCUUUCGCGCAGCCGCGUUUCGGUCUCGACCUCGGUGCUAUCGAUGCGAAAAGACCACCUGGUCAGCUCGCCUUAUACUUCAACACGGAAACGCAGUUACUUACGGUGCGAGACAGCAGAACCAUCGGAAAGAUGGAUGCGGAAGACUGGGCCACCGCAAACUUCGAGGAUGGUCUUGAAAAAACGGGGUGGGCAGAACUGCGCGUGCGGACCUCACGCAGUGGCGCGAUUCCUAGCGACCUGAAAAUGUACUCCGCUGGCGUGCUCGAGGGUCUUCUCACCGCACCGCGGCUGUCGCAGUUCUACAGCAACGCACUGCGCACCAUUGUUCGGAGCGAUGCAAUUCAAAAAGCUCUACGGAAUGUGCGCAGCGUGCUGCGGGACGGAGAGCGCCUGGUGAGACAGAAAACGAACUUCUUGCCAGGACAAGAUGCGCCGGAGCCUGCAGACCCGUACUGGAAGCAUGUGCGGUACACUUAAGGCUCUCACCUCUCGGAGACUGAAACUCGUUGCUGUGCAGUAUCUCUAUCUCCACAACAAUCUGAUCAAGUAGUUGCACCCUAGUAGAAAAGACUUGAGAAUGCUACGCUCUAUUAACUCUUCUAAAGAUCUUCCUCGAUAUCCACGUACGCUUGUUCUAAUCCGCGUACGCCCAGCUUCACGGAGUACUCGAUGGCUAUAACGCGGCCGCGGGAGCUUUUGGCGUCAAGGCACUCACGAUGCUUGAUCUUUUCCUCCUGAACAGCAGCGGGGAACUAGGCGAGUUGCUAGAAGCAUUUGCUCCGGAACGUGCCUUAAAGCGCCGCCACUUUCAAGCAGCCACGGCAACACUUUUCUUACAGCGCAACAAGAAGCACUACGAUGAGCAGAUGCAUAAUGACCAUGACGAGACGUCUCCUACUAGUAGUAGUUUUCUCUUCGACGGAGAUGACCAUGAAGACCAUGAUGAGAAAGAAGGAUUUUCUUCCAGUUUCAUCGUGCAAGAAGAAGCGAACGCGAGGAUAGCCGAAGCACGAAAGUCAAGGGCUGCUCAUGGUGAUCCAAGCUCUAUCAAGGCUUCCGAGGAGGAGGACGAGUUUCAAGCGUCGUCUAGAACAAGUACUUCCAGUUCAUCCAGUGCGGUGAAGGAUGCAGCCGCAGACCGAUUCUGGGAGAAGAAGCUCGCACGCACAGGGCACUGUUCGGCUCUGGUUCGUGUGACUCCCGACAAUCGUGAUUUACUUGUCGGGCACACCACUUGGGACGAUUAUGCGAAAAUGACGCGUGUCGUGAAGUACUAUGACUUUGCGCUUCCCUGGACACAGUCUGAGGUUGUAGGCAUGAGUAGCUAUCCGGGAUGCGUUUCCAGUACAGACGAAUUCUACUUGCUAUCGAGAGGCAUGGUUGUUGCCGAUACCAGCCUAGAAAUCCUGAACUCGGAGGUCUACAACCGCAUUCCUGAAGGACCGAAGCUACCCAAUUUCCUCCACGUAAUGGCAGCCAACCGCAUGGCGCGGACAGCGGCACACUGGGCAGCACUGCUCACAGAAAGAAACAAUGGUACUAACUUGUUGGCUAUUCUCUCUUAAAAAGAUUCUGGGAAAGGGAGCAUUUACAAUCUAGGUCCAGCAGAGUAACAAUAGAUGGUUUCACCUUCCUCGUCAAACGAGAAUCUCAACGUUUGCAGGUAUGAAGAAUGCCCAGUGGUUUGUGAUCGAUUACAACCGGUUCAAGAGUCGUGCUGACAUCCGAUCGGGCGUGCUGUGGAUGGUUGAAACCAUUCCUGGGUUGAGUUACAAUUAAGGCUAAGAUUAGGAAUCAUGAAGUUGUAAGUGUACUAAAGAUGUUGCAGACUAGCACUUUCUGAUGUCGAGCUUGGCUUGCGCUAAUACACGCACGAUCACACUGCGAGACUGCUGGAGACCGGGCACUACUCUGCCUCUUACAACCGUCCGGUGUCGCCUGAGAUCCGGCAGCGUACUGGUCACACAGCCGCGGAAACAGCUUACGGACCGCUUUAUUCGCUGGAGAUGGCGCCUCGGGCCCAACUUUUCGCCGCCGUCGCCGGGCACGUGGAGACCCUUCGAGACUUGAGGUUGGCGAUGCGUGAAAACAAGUAUCCUGGCGAAAAAUUUGUGGGUGAAGGAGCGGCAACGUGGGCUUUAUCUCCUGGCCACGCGAUCUCCGCACGUUUGGAUCUGGAUGUCGGUCUGCUGUCACCCAAUGGCGGCAUUGACGCAAAAGUGACAAGCAAGUGUUUGCUCGAUCGCAUGGAGAUGCAGCUCAUCUCUGGACCAACACACGUUUCGCAGCCGGUUUUCAAAUAAGGCUCGAUUACUAUCUAAGAAGUAAAAAGUGUAGCUUGUAGCUCCUACGUAUUUAGGUUAGCCGAGGAGCUCAUGAGGGUGGAACAUAUUUUAUUAGACAUGGUUUUACAAGCGAAUUUUUUUAUCAAAGCCGUCGAUUCGAAAUCCACCAAAUCUACUUUUGUAUAUCAGAUGGCUUUUUUCUUUCCCUAAUUGUCGUGGCAAGAUGCUUCUGGUGCAGACCUCUUUCCCGGCUGGCCCCAUCUUGGUCUACCGACCGCUUACGAUUUCGACUGGCUCCAGGUCGGCCCGGCGGCCAGCAAUGACGAACAUACUCUGAAGGAUUUCGAUGAAGGCUGCUCGGCUCACGUUUAGCCUUGUUGAAAGUCGUUGUAAGAAGAAGUAAUCAAGACAGAAAGAGAGGCAAAAAUGGGAAGUAAAGAAGAUAAGUUGUAGUAGAGACGUGUGAUUUCUGAUUUGAUGCCGACGAAUGUUUUAACUGCUUUGUACUUGUAUUUGUAUUUGUAAUUGUUUUUUCCCUGCAACAAGAACUAAGGAUGGAAAUUAAUGGAUUAUAUCAUGAUCAUUUACAGUACGGUUUUUUUCCAUUAUUACAACUUCACCAAGCUCACGUGAGCAACUAUCAUGUAUGAAGCUACGACGCGUGUACCUACAAC